GGGAGAGAGAUUUGGGUAUUUUUGGGUUGGCGUUGAUUUAUUGACCUGACUGACUUAUUGAAUUCCUUCUCUUUACUUCUUUACUUGUUUUGCUUUGCUUUUGCUUUACAUUCAUUUCCCUCAAAUGGAUCUUCUUCCUUCUCUUCUCCUUUUCUUCCUUUCUCUCUUUCUCUGUCUCUCUCUUUCCUUUUCCACCAACUCUGAAGGAAACGCUUUACAUAGUCUGAGGAGCAGAUUAUCAGACCCCACAGAUGUUUUGCAGAGUUGGGACCCAACCCUCGUCAAUCCUUGCACCUGGUUUCAUGUCACCUGCGAUUCCUCUAACCAUGUCGUUCGUCUGGAUUUGGGUAAUUCUAACAUAUCUGGUUCUCUUGGUCCAGAGCUUGGCCAACUCAAAUACCUUCAAUACCUGCAGCUUUAUAGGAAUAACCUAAAGGGUAAGAUCCCAAAGGAAUUGGGUAAUUUGAGGAAAUUGAUUAGCCUUGAUUUAUAUGGAAACAACUUUGAACAAAGAAUCCCUAGUUCUAUCUCUAAUUUGAAGUCACUCCGUUUCUUACGGUUGAAUAACAAUAAGCUCACUGGUUCAAUUCCUCGAGAACUAACUGCCCUUACCAACCUUAAAGUUCUCGAUGUAUCGAACAAUGAUCUUUGUGGAACAAUUCCAGUUGAUGGACCUUUCUCUACAUUUCCAAUGGAAAGUUAUGCGAACAAUAGUAGAUUGAAUGGACCGGAGUUGAAAGGACUCGUGCCCUAUGACUUUGGGUGCUGAAGAAAUGGGGCUUAUUCGUAGAUUGUUUUUAGCUAUAGAAAUCAAAAAAGGAGGAAAACCAGUUAUGUGCUAUGUGUAAUUUUGUCGAAGAUUAUAUAAAAUAUUGUUUGUGGUUUUCUUUUCUUAUAAUGAAAAGUUGUGUAACUUUA